AUGGCCACUAAUCCCGCUUCCUAUCGUCCACGCAAGAAGAGAAAGUCCACUGCGCUCUUUGCUGGUUCGAACAAUUCACUCACUGUUGACGCUGGCGAGGGGAAACCUAUGCCCGCGUUUCCUUUAGUGUCAUUUCAAUGGGGUGCUCGCGCUGGGGUAUCGCAAUGGCUUGUCCUUCCUCUUACUUUGAUGGCAGUGGGACUGUUUCGCUGGGCUGUCAGUCUGUGGGGGUAUUCAGGUUUCCAAGUUCCUCCAAUGCACGGCGAUUUUGAAGCGCAACGUCAUUGGAUGGAGAUCACCAUCCACCUGCCUCUCACCAAAUGGUAUACAUACGAUCUACAGUACUGGGGACUAGACUAUCCCCCAUUAACGGCAUACCAUAGCUGGCUUCUAGGGAAGAUUGGUUCUAUCUUCGAUCCUACUUGGUUUGCCUUAGAUGAAUCCCGCGGCCUCGAAGAUCCGCUGUUGAAGGUCUUCAUGCGUGCAACUGUGAUCGUCUCUGAAUAUCUCAUCUACAUUCCGGCCAUUGUCACCUUUCUGCGAAGAUAUACCCGAAUGCAAGCGGUUCCCGUAUGGUCGGCCUCUAUUGCGCUUAGUGCCAUCUUACUACAGCCAGCUACGAUUCUCAUUGACCAUGGCCACUUUCAAUUCAACACCGUGAUGUUAGGUCUCUUCGUCGCGAGCUUGGAUGCUAUACUAGCUGGUAGAAUGCUUUGGGCAUGCAUUUUCUUUGUUGGUGCUCUCGGGUUCAAACAGAUGGCUCUGUAUUAUGCACCAGUGAUGUUCGCAUUCCUCCUAGGCGUCUGCAUCGUCCCACGAUUCCGACCCGUCCGCCUUCUAUGCAUAUCUCUCGUUACCAUUGCUACUUUCGCUGUCCUACUUCUACCUCUCAUUCUUCGAGCUACUGGGGCCGAAGCGACAAAGUCCCUUGAGUCCACGACAGAGCCUCCUCUGCUCCAGGUUCUUCCAAUCGAACUGGACAGGGCAUCCUCAUUAUAUGCCAUCCUCUUCCAGGUCGCACAGGUCAUCCACCGAGUCUUUCCGUUUUCCCGGGGCCUGUUUGAGGACAAAGUGGCCAACGCUUGGUGCGCUAUUCACACUUUCUAUAAACUCCACACAUUUGAGAGCGAGUUCCUGAAGCGUUUGUCACUUGGCGCUACGCUAGCCUCGAUCUCAAUACCUUGCGGAAUCAUCUUUCGUCAUCCGCGAGCUUCGAUUCUUCUUCCCGCCUUUGCCACUGUUGCCUGGGGCUUCUUCCUUUUCUCCUUCCAAGUCCAUGAGAAAAGCGUAUUGCUACCUUUACUUCCCAUGACGCUCCUCAUCGCUGGUAACGGGGGUCUGGAUAAAGAUACACGAGCAUGGGUGGGCUGGGCGAAUAUGCUUGGCUCUUGGACUCUUUACCCGCUUCUCAAGCGCGAUGGCCUUCAAGUGCCAUAUUUCGUUAUGACAUAUCUCUGGGCCUACCUAUUAGGCCUACCGCCAACAUCGUGGCAGAUAUACAGACACCAAGCCUUGUCUGACGAGUCAGGUACAGCUACGGAGCCGCAUGUAUUUGCGAAAGUAAUUCACUCCGCCUUUUACCUUGCUAUGCUUGGAUGGCACGUGGUCGAAGCGUUUGUCCCUCCCCCACCAGGAAAGCCCGACCUAUGGGUGGUGCUCAACGUUAUCAUCGGCGCUGGAGGGUUUGGGAUCUCGUACCUUUGGUGCUUGUGGAGGUUGAUCACCCAAAGCUGGGGCCUUGAUACUUAUGUAGAAGACCCUCGGAAGAAAAAUCAGUGA